AUGAAACAAACACAAUUACAAGAGUCUAUUCAACAAUUUGUUAUUAAAUAUCUUUCACAAACAAAUAUAGAACAAAAAGAAAUUAUUGUUUCAUCAAAUCCAAUAACAACAAUUUCUGCUCCAAUUGUCGAGUUAUUUAAUGGAAUGACAAAUGAAGCAUAUGGAGAACCACAAGAACUUCUAACAAGUACUGUAUCUCCAUUUCAAAUGAUAAAUGCACUUAGAAUUGUUUGUCCAAAAGAAAUAUCAAAUAAACCCAAUAUUAUUUUACCAUUUCAAUUUUGCAAUUUUGUUCAUCUUAAACAACUUAUUAUAGAAAAUCUUCAUUGUCAACUUAACUUACAAUUCGGAAGUUUAAAAGAUGAAUUGAUUAACCUCCAAAUUAUUGGUUGUGUUAUUCCUUCAAUACAAAUAAGUCUCUUUCUUCAACCUGAAUAUCCUUGGAAACAACUAAAAAAACUUGCACUACGAAAUUGUGGUAUUACUAAAAUCCCUCCAAAAGUCUUUAACCAAACACAUUUUCCAAAGUUAGAAUGGUUAGAUUUGAGUUAUAAUUCCAUUAGUGUAUUGGAAAAUAUUGCAGAUAGACCAUUAGAUACAUUGUUAAUAUCAAAUAAUAAAAUUCAACGUAUCAAAUCAAGAUAUGUUGGUUCCAUUUCAACAUUGAAUCUUGAUCACAACUCAAUCACGUCUAUUACUAAUUUAUCAUCCUAUUUCAAUCUAGUGAAUUUAUCAAUUCAAAAUAACAAGAUUUUUGAUUAUAACCAUCUCAAAGAGACUUUCUCAAAAAUGUACUCAUUAGUUGAAGUAUCUCUAAAAGGAAAUCCAAUUGCUACCCAUCCAGAAUAUCGUCUCAAACUUACUACACUUCUUCCUGCAUUCGAUUUUGGAAUGGAUAUAUUCAUUGACAAAUUCCCUCUCACAAAUGAUGAAAAAACACAUGCCAUAGUUGCCUUACAACAACAAAACAAUACAAUUUAUAAUACUUACUCUGAAAAGAAUGAAGAAGAAGAUAAUGACCAAGAAAGUGAUGAUGAAUUACUUGGUACAUUACAAUUACAUGAAGAGGAUAUAAAUGAAAAGAAAAAAGAAGAACAAACUAAAGAAAUAAAGAAGAUAGAAGAUGGAAGUGAUGAAAUAGAAGAAACUGAUGUCUUAGAAUUCUUAAGAAAAAAGAUAAUUAACAAUGACUAUAAAUUCUUGGAUCUUGUCAAGAAAAUGAUUAACAAAGAAGAAUUUGAGAAAAUUGAAGAUCAAUCUCCAGAAGAUAUUAAAAAAAUGAUUGAGUCUGGAAAGAAUAUUGAGAUUGACAAAAGCAAAGUAAAGUCUAAAGGUAAAUUACGUGUUAUUGUAAGUAAUGAUAAUGUUGAUAAAGUCUUACAAUGUCUUAAUGAACCAGAACUAAAACCAAUUAACCCAUUCAUCAUAGAUGAUAAAGAAGAAGAUGAAAUUGCAACAAAUGACGAUUUAACAAACAUUUUGAAGAAUUAUAAAUUGGACAAUGAAUAA